GUGUUGAUGUGCAGGUGGGAUUGUGUUCUUUUGUUGUGUAGGUGUGAUUGUGUCCUGUCGUGUUAUGUUCUGUUGUGUUGCACUGUGUCGUGUUGAUCCAGGUGUGAUGGUUGUGUGUUGUAAUAUGUAUGUGCUGUGUCGUGUCUGUCCCUGUGUGAUGGUUGUGUUUUGUAAUAUGUAUGUGCUGAGUAGUGUUGAUCCAGGUGUGAUGGUUGUGUUUUGUAAUAUGUAUGUGCUGUGUAGUGUUGAUCCAGGUGUGAUGGCUGUGUUUUGUAAUAUGUAUGUGCUGUGUCGUGUCUGUCCCUGUGUGAUGGUUGUGUUUUGUAAUAUGUAUGUGCUGUGUCGUGUCUGUCCCUGUGUGAUGGUUGUGUUUUGUAAUAUGUAUGUGCUGUGUCGUGUCUGUCCCUGUGUGAUGGUUGUGUUUUGUAAUAUGUAUGUGCUGUGUAGUGUUGAUCCAGGUGUGAUGGUUGUGUUUUGUAAUAUGUAUGUGCUGUGUAGUGUUGAUCCAGGUGUGAUGGUUGUGUUUUGUAAUAUGUAUGUGCUGAGUAGUGUCUGUCCCUGUGUGAUGGUUGUGUUUUGUAAUAUGUAUGUGCUGAGUAGUGUUGAUCCAGGUGUGAUGGUUGUGUUUUGUAAUAUGUAUGUGCUGUGUAGUGUUGAUCCAGGUGUGAUGGCUGUGUUUUGUAAUAUGUAUGUGCUGUGUAGUAUCGAUCCAGGUGUGAUGGUAUUGUGUUGUGUUUCCUUCAGUACUGACCUGUGACCAGGUCAAAGCGGAUCAGACUCCUGGACAGACUGUCCCAGGUUUAGCUGAUCUCCUGUCUCUGAUGAGGAAAAGCUGUCUGGCGUUAAGUAACUCUGGGGAAGCAGCCGGAGGGAGACUGACUGGAGAGGUGUUACUGGAGAAUGUCUUGACAGAGAUAGACAGUCUCCUGUCUCAAGGUAUCCUAAGCAACAACCGGGAGGUGAGUGGGUUGCUAGGCGCCGUGGAGGACACCUUGAUGCUCAUCGGGCCACAGCUCAGAGACACCCACACCACCAUGGAAACAGACCACACAGCUACUGAGCUUGCAGUGAGGAGGGGACAGACUCCGCCCAUUGGGCCAAUCAGCCUGGCCAAUGACAACGUGCGACUGGACACCAGCUGGGAGACAGCCACUGGCAACGGGACGUACCCAGGUUUCACUCUGGCUGGGUUGGUGUGUUACAAGACAGUGGAGAGCUCUGUCAACAACUCCUUCCAGUACCUCACUGACACGGACACAAACAGAUACACAGCAACCGCCACAGCAUCAAAGCCUAGCUACCAGAUCAGUUCCAAGGUGGUAACAGCUCUCGUCAGUAACCCAGCAACAGAACACCUCACCCAGCCUGUCAUCCUCACCUUCAGACAUCUUCAGGUGAGGGCGGAGUCAGCGAGGAUGAACUAUACCUGUGUGUUCUGGUCGGAGGGGCGUGUCCAUGAAGAGGGAGGGGCGUGGUCAAGGAGUGGCUGUACCAAAGUCACGUCUAACGCUACACACACCGUGUGUUCCUGUUCCCACCUUAGCAGCUUUGCUGUUCUCAUGGCCCUCUACCCUGUACAGAACACCUUUGAGCUGCGUCUGUUGACGUGGCUGGGUCUGUCGUUGUCUGUGGUGUGUCUGUUGCUGUGCAUCCUGACCUUCUGGCUGUGUCGGUCCAUCCAGGAGACACGCACCACCAUCCACCUCCACCUCUGUGUCUGCCUCUUCAUCGCUGACCUCGUCUUCCUCACCGGAAUCUCUCACACACAGAGCAAGGGAGGAUGUAGGGUUGUAGCAGGUCUCCUCCACCUGUUCUUCCUAGGAUCCUUCAGUUGGAUGUUGUUAGAGGGGGUUCAGCUCUACCUCAUGGUGGUCCUGGUCUUCAACACUACCAUAAGACCUCUGUACCUGCAUGCUGUGGGAUAUGGACUGCCACUGGCUAUAGUCAUCAUCUCUGCUAUCACCUACCCAGAUGGAUACGGUACCACACAACACUGUUGGUUGUCUCUGGAGAGAGGAUUCAUCUGGAGUUUCUUCGGCCCAGUGUGCACCAUCAUCAUCCUCAACACUUUCUUCUUCAUCAUCACUGUCUGGAGGCUGGCCCAGAAGUUCUCUAGUCUCAACCCUGACCUCUCCAACCUACGCAAGAUCAAGGUGUUCACAGUGACAGCAGUGGCCCAGCUGUGUGUGUUGGGUACUAUGUGGAUAUUUGGAGUGUUCCAGUUCCAAGAGGAGGGGACAGUGGUCAUGACAUAUCUCUUCACUAUCCUCAACUCUCUACAGGGAGCACUGCUGUUCAUCAUGCACUGCCUACUGAACAAAACGGUGAGAGAGGAGUAUGGCAAGCUCCUGUCCUGUAUCUGCACACCACUGAAGAAGAGAUACACAGAGGUCAGCACUACUAACCCUUCUUCCAACCAAUCCCAGGGGUCAAGGAGCGCAGAGAACACGGGGGAGUCGCAGAUAUGACGUCACCAAACCCCCAUAAUGCACCUCUUUACCCCUCCUCCCAUGACAAAGGUUCCCACUAGAUGGCCAAACUGUAAAGUCAAAAUGGUCGAUAUCGUAAACAUUUAUGAAAACAAAUAUUUGCGUUUAGCGGUGUGGUUAAGAUAUAUUGUAGAAAUGGGAAGUGUUUCUGAUUUAGGAUCUUGGCCAGAUAGUGACACACCAGAAACACUCAUCCCGAGGAUAGUACUGUUCAGACCAGGUUAGUAGAAAAUGUGUCCAACUAGCCCGCCGGAUAGUAAAAAUGGAAGUCCACUAGCCAGGUUGGCCAGUACCCAAAAUCCUUCAGUUCCAUCCCUGAUUAGACACUUCAUAUCAAACUUGAUGUUAAUUAACCACUGUCUAAUCAAGCAUUAGGUUAUCCAAUCAGAAGUUAUGUGAUCUUCAUGUCAUCCAAUAGGAAUCCAUAUGGUCUUUAUUUCAUCCAAUCAGAAGUUACAUGAUCUUCAUGUCAUCCAAUAGGGAACCAUAUGGUCUUUAUGUCAUCCAAUCAGAAGUUACAUGAUCUUCAUGUCAUCCAAUAGCAAUGCAUAUCCUCUUUAUGUAAUUUUUACAGACACAAAAGAGGUUAUCCAAUCAGAAGUUAUGUGAUCUUCAUGUCAUCCAAUAGGAAUCCAUAUGGUCUUUAUUUCAUCCAAUCAGAAGUUACAUGAUCUUCAUGUCAUCCAAUAGCAAUGCAUGUCCUCUUUAUGUAAUUUUUACAGACACAAAAGAUCGGUUCAAUUUUACACAACUUCGUCGAAUAGACAGAUGAAGCCAUACUUAUAAACAGAAGCUUUCUUCCUUUACAUGAAUGUGAUAGAUUUAUAGUAAUAUUUAUUACCAAGAGCACAAGAUAGUGUGACUGUUCUACACAAAUAAAUCCAAAGGGAUUUAGAAAAACAUUAAGUGAAGAUUUGUGUUAGUUGUGACCUAUUGGACUGUUAUACUUGUCAUGUAUUGUCAUGUUGUGUCUUUCUGUCCUUUCCUUUCACCCUGUCUCCCUCUGCUGGUCGUAUUAGGUUACCUUUUCUCCC